AGAUGAGAGAGGGGCAGGAGCCACGCACGCAACAUGUAAGUGUACUCGUAAUUCUCUCGCAAAUCGAUUGCGCGAAUUCCGUUCGCGACCGAAGUGAGAUCUGGUAGUGCGUAAUAUCCUGUUCCGAGAGAAUUUUAUCGCAGCAAAUAAAAAGGAAGAAGACAACACAUUUUAAUAUGAGUAAACGACUAGAGACUGUAGCUACGAUGACCUGCAUGAAAACUUUGUUAAUGCUCUUCAACUUUAUCUUCUGGGCGUCUGGAAUAUUAAUGCUAUGCAUUGGCAUAUGGAUGCGCAUCCUGCUGCGGGAUUAUAUGAACAUGAGCAUGCAGGGUAGCGGUGCCGCUCUGCUAGCACUCGCGAGCUUAGGCGCGGUAGUAGCGGUUGCUGCAGUUCUCGCCUGCUGUUGCACAACGCGAGGUCAUCCUGCUUUAUUGUAUUUGUACGGCGCAUUUUUAGCCGUCGUAGCAUUACUGGAACUUGGUGCAGGAGCAUCGAUUUAUGCUUAUCGUACGAACCUAAACGAGGGAUUCGAUCAAGAUUUAAAUGAAAGUAUGGCAGUUUACGGACAGGACAAUUCUAAGAGCAGUCAUAUUGAUUUUAUUCAAUCGAAUUUGCAUUGCUGCGGCAAUCGCGGAUAUGCUGAUUGGCUCAAUCUAGAUCCGCCAAAGAAUGUUCCUUUAUCUUGCUGCAAAAUGCCUGAGAAAAAAUGUGAUUCGCAGGACACAGAACAAAUUUAUAUCGAGGGAUGCUAUAAUCGUGUACUGGACUUUAUGAAUAACAACUUCGGUUUGGUAGCUGGUACAGCGAUCGGCGUAGUCUUUUUCCCAUUAGUUGGUAUCUUUCUAGCAUGCUGUCUGGCUAGCAAUAUCAAUAAAGCCGAAUAUGAACAAGUUGCUUAGGCAUGUCGCACGCGCAAACAGCAACGACAAUUUUAUCAAAACCAUGCAUCACUAGCGACAGUGGCGAAUAUACACGAUUUAAUGGAAAUACGGAAAUGAUAUUGAUGGAGGUAAAAGCGUAUUUUACCACUUUGAUUUUAAAUAAAAAUUGUAUGGAAAUUAAAUAAAAAUUCAAUAAAAUAUAAGAUCCAUUUAUAGUAAAAAAUUACAUCUAAAAUGGAUCUUAUAAUGUCAAUUUAUGUACUUAUAUCAUUUUUAUAGGCUUUUAAUUAAUAAUUUGCUUUCGAUUAGUCAAAAUUUAUGCUCACUUGUUCUGACCGUAUCUGAUAAAAAUAUAGAUUGAUAAUGAGAU